GGAGCUCCCCGUGCUCGGGGGUGGCUGCAGGCUCCGGAGGGUCCCCGUGUCCCGCGGCGUGACCGGAACCUCCUCCCUUCCCGUCCCGUCCCGUCCCCGCUGGGGUGGUGGCACCGUCGGCCGUGUCCCCGCAGAUGCUGUUGGAGCCAUGUCGGACGAGAAGCCCCCGCAGCUCGUGGAUUAUUUCGUGGUGGCCGGGCUGGCCGAGGGCUCGCGGGCGCUGGAGGAGGAGCAGCAGCCGCGGCCGGCGCGGCCCGGGGAGCCCAUCACGGACGUGGCCGUGAUCAUCCGCUCGCAGGGCGAGGAGGUGCCCCAGGGCUUCACCUGCAUCGAGACCAGCACGUCCGGACACCCCGUGGACCUCAACGCGGGGCUGCUCAACAACCCCCAGAUGUUCCUGUGCUACAAACGGGGGCGGGACAAACCCCCCCUGAUCGAGCUGGGGGUGCACUACGAGGGCAAGGACCGGCCCAAGCCGGGCUGCCAGCUGCUGGACACGACGCCCUACAGCCGCUCUGCCAACCUGGCCGCGGGCUCGCCGGGCCACCAGCGCACGUUCCUGACGUUCCGGCGCGCGGCCGAGCCGCCCGGGCACCACACGCUGGGCGUCACCGACAUCUGCCUGGUGAUGCCCAGCAAGGGCGAGAGCACGCCCCACACCUUCUGCCGCGUGGACAAGAACCUCAACACCAGCAUGUGGGGCCCCGCGCUGUUCCUGUGCUACAAGAUCGCCGUGGCCAAGGACAACACGCUGGUCUACGAGGCAGGGCUGCUGAGCCGCUACCCCGAGCAGGACAGCGAGUCCUUCCCUCUGCCCGAGUCGGUGCCCGUGUUCUGCCUGCCCAUGGGCGCCACCAUCGAGAGCUGGCCCGUGGGCACCAAGUACCCCCUGCCCGUCUUCUCCACCUUCGUCCUCACCGGCGCCUCGGGGGACAAGGUGUACGGCGCCGCCAUCCAGUUCCACGAGGCGUUUCCCCGGGAGCGGCUGUCGGAGGCGCAGGCGCUGCGCCUGGGGCUGCUCAGCGUGGUGGACCGGCGGCCGGUGCCGGGGCGCUCGCUGCACACGCGCAAGAGCAUCUGCGUGCUGUCCCACUGGCCCUUCUUCGACGUCUUCCGCAAGUUCCUCAUGUUCAUCUACCGCUACUCCAUCUCGGGCCCCCACGUGCUGCCCCUGGAGACGCACAUCUCGCACUUCAUGCACAACGUGCCCUUCCCGUCCCCGCAGCGCCCGCGCAUCCUGGUGCAGAUGUCCCCCUAUGACAGCCUGCUGCUGUGCCGGCCCGUGUCCUCCCCGCUGCCCCUCAGCGGGGCCAGUUUCCUGACGCUGCUGCAGAACCUGGGCCCUGACAACGCCGUGGCACUGCUGGUGGCCGUCCUCACCGAGCAGAAGCUGCUCAUCCACUCGCUGCGCCCCGACGUCCUGACCAGCGUGGGGGAAGCCCUGGUGGCGAUGAUCUUCCCCCUGCGCUGGCAGUGCCCCUACAUCCCGCUGUGCCCGCUGGCGCUGGCUGACGUGCUGUGUGCCCCCGUGCCCUUCAUUGUAGGCAUCCACUCCAGCUACUUCGACCUCUACGAGCCCCCCCGCGACGUCAUCUUCGUCGACCUGGACACCAACACCAUUUUCCAGAGCGAGGAGAGGAAGCUGCUGUCGCCCCGCGCGCUGCCCCGCAAGCCCUGCAAGGUGCUGCUGGCCUCGCUGCACAGCCUGUCCCAGCAGCUGGAUGAGCUGCUGAGCGCGCCGGGCGAGGAGGAGCCCCCGGAGCUGGUUCUGAGCGACGCGGAGGCCGCGGGGGCGCGGCGGGCGCAGCUGGAGCUGGAGGCGCGGGCGGCGUUCCUGCGCUUCAUGGCCUGUGCCCUGCGCGGGUACCGCUCCUUCCUGCGGCCCAUCGCGCCCGCGCCCGCCCCGGCCGGCCGCGACGCCGGCAGCCUGUUCGCCCUGCAGGGGUUCCUGCGCUCCCGGGAUCGGGCGUACCAGCGUUUCUACGGGCAGCUGCUGCGCACGCAGCUCUUCACGCAGUUCAUCGAGGACUGCUCCUUCGCCAGCGACCGCGAGCCCUGCCUCGAGUUCUUCGACACCUGCGUCGACAAGGUGCAGGUGGACCUGGAGAAGCCCGAGGACACGCCCCUGAUGGAGCUGGACGACCCCCGAGGUGGGGAGCACACGGUGUUCAUCACCCCCCCCGAGCAGCCGGCGGGGCCCGACGGGGCCGAGCCCCCCGCCUGCUACAGGUAUGACGGGUUCCCCACGCUGCGCCCAGAGCUGCUGGAGCCCCCCCGGGACCCUCUGGUGGCUCAGCUGUGCCAGGCCAGGAGCAGCGCCCCGAGCAGCCCCGCCCCGCGGCGCACCAAGCAGGAGAUGAAGGUGGCCCAGCGCGUGGCACAGAAGUCGUCGGCGGUGCCCGAGCUGUGGGCACGGUGCCUGCUGGGGCACUGCUACGGGCUCUGGUUCCUGUACCUGCCCACGCAGGUGCGCGCCGCCCCCGCCAAGCUGCGGGCGCUGCAGCUGGCCUACGACGUGCUGCGCAAGAUGGAGCAGCACAAGGUGGUGCUGCCCGACGAGGUGUGCUACCGCAUCCUGAUGCAGCUGUGCGGGCAGUACGGCGAGCCCGUGCUGUCCGUGCGCGUCCUGCUGGAGAUGAAGCGCGCCGGCAUCGUCCCCAACACCGUCACCUACGGCUACUACAACAAGGCGGUGCUGGAGAGCAAAUGGCCGGCGGGGACGCAGGGCGGGCGGCUGCGCUGGGCCAAGCUCAGGAACGUGGUGCUGGGGGCGGCGCAGUUCCGGCAGCCCCUGAGGCAGCGGCAGCGGCAGCGAGCGGCCGGAGACCCCCCCGGUGACCGCGCCGCCGCCGCCCCGCGCCCCCCGCUGCACCGCCAGACCACCUGGGCCGGGCGGAGCCUCCGGGACGCGGUGCCGGCGCCGCGGCUCGUCAAGAGCGGCAGCCUCAGUUUCCCCGCCCGCAGCGAGGGGGGGGGCGCGGCCCGGGAGGGGCCCGGGGAGCCCCCCCUGCUCCCGGUGACCCCCACGCCGCCCGCCCCCCGCCGCGCCCCCGGUUCGGCCGACGGGAGCCUCUCGGACAUCGCCACCGACGACAGCGGCGGCGACGAGGGGCCCGGGGGGGGUCCCGGUGGUGCCGGUGGUGCCGGGGGGGUGACCCCGCGCCGGGGCCUGGCGGCCAAGCUGCAGCAGCUGCUGUCCCCCGGUAAGCGCCCCCCGCGGCCCUCGGAGCCCCCCCGGGAUGCCGGGGGCCGCCGGGGGUCGGAGCAGCGGGACGGGGACCCCCCCCCGCCCCCCCGGUCACGGCGCAGCCCCGGCGGGACCCUGCUGCGGCCCCGGGAGCGGCCCGAGUCCACGGCCUCCGAGAGCUCGGUGUCGCUGGGCAGUGAGCUGGACCUGUCCGAUGCCUCGGGGGGCAGCGGGGGCGGCGCCCCCAAAGCCCCCGGGGAGCCCUGCACGGAUGGGGGGCCGGGCACGGAGCCCCCCGGCCUGGAGGUGCUGCUGUCGAGCUGCUCGCGCUGCCCGGGCUGCGCCGCGCUGGUGUUCGACGAGGAGCUCAUGGCCGGCUGGACCUCGGACGACUCCAACCUCAACACCUCGUGCCCCUUCUGCAGCCGCUCCUUCGUGCCCUUCCUGAGCAUCGAGAUCCGCGACCUCCGCCGGCCGCCCAGCCCCCCCCCGGUGCCCCCCUCCCCACAGGGGCCGGUGCUGAGCGACCGCCGGCGCUGCCUGGAGCUGGACGGGACCCCCGGGACCCCCGGGACCCCCGGGCUGUGCAACGGCUGCGCCGAGACCCCGCCGCCCUGGCGCCGGGAGCGCGUGGCCUUUGCGUACCUGUGCCCGCUGGUGCUGCGCAAGGAGCUCGAGAGCCUGGUGGAGAACGAGGGCGGGGAGCUGCUGGCGCGCCCCGAGCUGGUGGACAAGCACCCCAUCAUCUUCUGGAACCUUCUGUGGUUCUUCCAGCGCCUGGCGCUGCCCAGCCAGCUGCCCCUGCUGCUGCUGGGCUCGCAGCACGCGCCCCCCGACCCUCAGCCCCCCGAGCCGUCGCGGGUCCGUGUGAGGCUGCUGUGGGAUGUGCUGAGCCCCGACCCCGAGAGCUGCCCCCCGCUCUACGUGAUCUGGAGGCUGCACAGUAGCAUCCCCCCCCGGCUGCACCCCUGGGGCCCCCCGGCCCGCCCGUUCUCGCUGCCCUUCCUGGAGGCCCUGCUGAGCCACGUGGGGCUCAACGAGGUGCACAAAGCCAUCGGGCUGUUCCUGGAGACCCUGGCAGACCCCGAGGCCCCCCAGACCCUGCACAGGAGCAUUUACCGGGAGCUGCUGUUCCUGACGCUGGCGGCGCUGGGCCGGGAGCACACGGACAUCGCCGCCUUUGACCGCCGGUACCGUUCGGCGCUGGCCAAGCUGGGCGGGGCCCCGGGCCGGGACGAGCUGCGGCGGCGGCGGGCGCAGCCCCCGAGUGCGCGAGCGAGCGAGUGCCGCCGGUGCUUCGGGGCGCCCCCCGAGUGCUGAGGGACCCCCGGAACCGGGAACCCCCCCCGAGUGCCGCCGGUGCUUCGGGGCGCCCCCCGAGUGCUGAGGGACCCCCGGAACCGGGAACCCCCCCCGAGUGCCGCCGGUGCUUCGGGGCGCCCCCCGAGUGCUGAGGGACCCCCGGGACCGGGACAGGACCGGGAACCCCCCCGGGAACAUCCCCUGAGUGCUGAGAGACCCCCGGGACAGGGGGACCCCGGGAACCCCUCAGGAGGAGAUAGGAAUGACCCCCCCCAGGGCACCCCCAAAGGGUUGAGGGGGGGGGGGGCUGAGGUGAGGAAGGGACCCCCAGGACCCUUCCUCAAAUACUCCAGGGUGGGGAAGGGAACCCCCUCAAAUGCUCCAGGGACCCCCCAGGACCCCCCUAAAAUGCUCCAGGGUCCCCCAGGAUCACCCUCAAAUCCUUUAGGGUGGGGAAAGGACCCCCCAGGAACCCCUUAAAUACUCCAGGAUGGGGAGAAAAGACCCUCAGGAACCCCCUCAAAUGCUCCAGGAAGGACAAGGGACCCCCAGGACCCCCCUCAAAUGCUCCAGGGUGGGGAGAAAGGACCCCCGGCCCCCCCAGGCUCACGACGGGUUUUCUAUGUCAGUAUUAAUAUAUUUUUAUUUAUUUAUUCAGCCUCCCCCAGAGUGAGAGCGCGGGUGGGACGGGCAGGGACGGCUCUGGGGAGGUUCCCCAUCCUCAUUUCUGUCCCGAGGGGGUUCGGGGGUGCCAGGGCAGCUGGGGGGGCGCUGGGUUUGUGCCCCCCGGGGGA